GAUAACCGGGAGUAAAGAAGGGGAGAGCUCGCGUUUCGCCGCAGCCAUAGUUGAGGCCGCAGUAUGGAUAGUGAGAAGUCGGCCAGCCUGAAGGAGGCCAGGGAUCGCCGUAGAAAUGAAGUGAAGAGGAGACGGCGCGCUGAAGAGACUCAAGAGGAGCGUGCCGAACGGUUGGCCAAACGCCGUGAAAGCGAUGCCGCUAGACGGGCUCGCAUAGCCUCUUCUAACGAUGAAUCUACAGCGCCGACCUCUGAUGAUGAAUGCUGCUCGAGUUCUGCGUCUCUGAAGGCAGCCCGCCUUGCAAGACGUGCUGAAACUUUGAAGAAACGUCGUGCCGAAGAGACCGAAGAGGAGCGUACUGAACGACUCGACAAACGACGGAAGAGAGAUAUGGUUAGAAGAGCGCGUUCACAAACCGUUGAUUGUGUCGACCAACGCAAGACUGCCUCUACGAACAGACUGAAUGAGCGCGAGUCUGCUACCCGUGAUCAUGCAGCACAAAAGUUCCGCACCAUGAAGACCAAAUACAAGGACCUGAAGCGGAUGCACGAGGUAGCCCGUGCUCACGGGAGGCCCGUCACUCGGCCCAGGUGGCGCUACUAUGAACUCAUGGAUGACUUCAUGAGAGGGCGCGAUGAAACCCCCAGGCACUCCUCUGGACCAGUCAUGGUCAUCUCGAACAUUUACUCCGUCGCCGAGCAGUCCCCUGCCGUGGCAGCCGCAGAGAGCGAGGCUCCGAUAGUGCCAGAAUUAUGGCCUUCCGAACAAUCUGUAAGCGACGGACCCGAAAAGAAGAAAAUAAAGCAGGAGCCCAAUUACGACGAAGACGUGUCGUGGGACACGAACGACAGCGUCGACGACCGUGUGGACGGCGAGUCGCUGAGCAGCAACCAGGCCCAGGCGCAGCAGCAUCGUGCUGAGGCGACGUUGGAGAACACGGCGGAUACCUCGAUGGCGAGCACAUCAGCGUCUCCUACAGCCGGGUCGCAGCAGGACGCGUUCCACUUCUUCGGCAUGAUGGUCGCCGACAGGCUACGUCGGCUCCCCAGGGGCGCGGCCCUCAGGGCGCUAAACGCCAUGCACCAGGUGCUGUUUCAGCACGAAGAGGAGGCCGGCUUCUGACUUCGGCGGUGUGCAGCCUGGGUGGUGUGCCGCUGUGCAGUCGGGCUUCCCAGGACCUUCGCUGCCCGCUCUGCACUGAGACUCCAGGUCCCACCAUUCACGUGUGUUCGACUUCAGGCUCUUCGAUAACUUUGCAAUUCUUCUCCGGCCCUUCUCACCUUUCGAUGUGCCUUGGUUGACCACCAUUUCAUGGAAUCUUCUACAUAUCUGUCCACAACUUGCCACACUGCUACCGGGACGGCAGCAGUUGUCCAGAGAUCCUCUGCAAGUGUCCGGAGAUUCUCAAAGGGUGAAAUCUGCAUGUGAAUAGAGACUGUGGCCAGUGCCUGUCAUCGGACAAAAGACGCAGCGGCAUCGUAAUCACCGAUGACUGCUCCGUGAUAGCGAACGUUUGUGGCCCGAUCUUAGAUGUGCCCUUUUGAUGAGACGUCAUUGAUUCGUGCAAGGCAGGGACGUGUGCGUGUGGCUCUGGACUAUUCUUCGUUGCAUUGUGCGUUAUAGUUUUGUCCAUCGAAGCAGCGCGUUCCAAGUCUUCUUUUAAUCAACUGCUCCAUUUCAGGACAUUAUUUGCUGAAACUGUACAGUGAAACAAUGAGCGUUUUUCGAGGGAUAGCAGAACCAAAAUACUGCCUCGCGUGCAAUUUAGAACUAGUCAGUUUUUCAUCUGGACUGUCGUGUUCUGCACCGCCUCGCCAUUCUGCUGCCAUGGUCGCCUGCAAUGUGGACAUCGUUGGACUUGCAUUUAAUGUGCAUAUUGUGUGUACAUACUAAUGUAUGGUAUAUGUAUGUAUCAUUUAUUGUUAGUGAACGUAUAUAUAGUAUGGGUGCAAACGCUCACGUUGCGAGACGUUAGGGCAUUCGUCACAGCUAGUACAAAUACCUGGAGGGCCACACGUGCAUUGAACAGGUCGUGGCCCUGUUUUCUUACCGCAGUUAGUUUACUUGAGGCAGGGUUUGCGCGUGCUUGUUUUAGACAAUCGGUCCUGAAUACAAAUUUCUGUUUGCU